AUGUCAUUUAGAAAGAGAGGUGAAGUUUUAAACAAUGGUUCUCGAGGACAAGCUGCUGUUCCAGGAAGAGUUCCACUACCUACAAGAGGUACAACCUCAGCCGGUAUCAACAGAGGUCCAGCCUCAACUGGUAUUAACAGAGGUCUAAUUAAUAACAUGAGAUCAGAAAGAGGUACUGGACCUUCGGCAGUUGACCGUAUGCGUAAUUUAUCACUUAGAGGUUCUAGUCCAGGGAUUUCAAGAGGUCCAACUUCGAGCCAAGCAGAUGUACCAAUCUCAUCUGUGGAAGACAGCCAUCCUGGUAUUAGACCAUCCCCAGCAACAUCCCAACAAACUACUUCAACAGGUACUAAGGAUUUAGAUAAACUUUUGGGACAUAUGGGAUUACCACUAGGUACAAGUUUAUUAAUGGAAGAAACUGGUACUACAGAGUUUCAAUCUGUCUUAGCUAAAAUAUUUGCAUCACAGGGUAUUGUUCACAACCGUUUAGAGUCCACUGGAUCGACUCCAGGUAAUACACAUGUUAUUGUUUUAUCAUUAAAUCAGAUGUUUGCCAAAGAAUUGCCAGGUAUCUACAAAGGAUCAAGAAGAGAUGUCAAGAAGUUUAAGAUAGCUGAAGAGCAAUCUAAAGUAUCUGUCAGCAACUUAUCUGAGUCAAAAGCACCAGCAAGAUCAAAUGACUUAAAGAUUGCUUGGAGAUACGGUUUGAAUGAUAACAAGCCUAAGAAAGAUGAUGAUGAAGUAUUAAUUGAUGAGCAUAAAAACUAUAACCAUCAAUUUGAUAUAACUUCACGUAUCAUACCAGCACCUACACUAAAUGAAAUUACAUUUAUUUCGCCCUCACAAAAUGUACAAGCUAUUUUAGUUCAGAUGGAGCAGACAAUUCAAAAGCAUAAAGAUAAAAUAAUAAGAAUUGUUGUUCCAUCGUUAUUACAUCCAGCAAUGUAUCCUCCUAAUAUGUUUAAGAUUUCUACUAUAUUACCUUUAUUACAUGGGUUAAAGAGUUUAACUAAAAAAUACGAAGGCAGCUGUGUAUUAUUUGCAAGUGUUUCGUCUGACCUUCUAGAUCAAUUCCUACUGACUCAAAUUGAGAGUAUUUUUGACUCAGUUAUGAGAUUGGAGCCAUUUGACCAAACAAUGCUGCAAUUUUUAGAGCGUGCAUACAAGUCGCAACCUAAUAAAGUUCAACAUGGUUUAAUUCAGAUUUUAAAAUUACCUAUCUUCAGUGAACGUGGUGAAAUGCAUGUCAUUAAAUCAGAAUGGGCAUUUAAAAAUGGUAGAAAGAGAUUCGAAAUUGAAGAAUGGGGUAUCCCGGUUGAAGACAAUGAUGAAGCUGCUUCUGGAGAUAAUUGUUCGACCGCUAUUGGUGAUGGAACCCAUGAUCAUUCUCAUUCUCAUUCACAUUCACUUGAAGAUUCUACUAAGAAUACAAAAGUGUCAUUAGAUUUUUAA